UUAAUGAAUAACCGAUCUAUAAUACAAAAUAUCUUAAUCGUUUAACAACAAAUUAAAAUACCUAUUAGUGAAUAAUACAUAAUGAAAUUUGUACCUUCUCACGAAAUUUACUUUAGCUGUUAAUGAAUAACACAUUAAUAAUCAAUCUAUACUAAAAAAUAUCAUAAUCGCUUACAAACAAUAAUAAUUAAGUAAAUAUAGUAUUAUUGAAUAACACAUUAAUAACCAAUAUAAUAUAUUAAAAAAUGUCUUAAUCACUUACACGUUAGACUCUUAGAUAGCUUAAUAUUAUAUCUCCUACCAAUUAAUGGACUCAUCCGCACCCGUCUUAGCUCUGCAAGAGCCGACAUUCAUUCAGUCUGUUCUCAGUCUUACACAAUUGUAAUUCUCCUCUACGUUUCUAUCAGUCUCAUAAAUUGUUCGGUGCUUACAAUUUUUCAAGUCUUAUAUUAUUUUAUAGUGUUUAUUAUUUUUUCCGAGUCUUUUAAAAUUUAAAGUGUUUUUUACUUUUUAAAAUCAUUUUUAAAAACAUGGCUGGUUCAAUCGCUGACAACGCUACAUUAUACAACGAGAAGAAGGCUUUCGCAUACGUUCCUCCAUCACCACCGGCAGACCUCAUCGAAGCUACAAGCUACUCGUUGGACUUCACGACGAGAAAAUUUAUACUUAUCGGUAUCGAUCCGACAGAACAACUUCAAACAGUUGUACUCUUAUUAACAUCAUCACGUUAUGUGAAAAUAAGUACAGAUUUUCUAAGACGGAUAUUCUCACUUAUGGGUAACAUACUAUCAUUUAUAUUAGACACGCCGCAAAAGUAUAAGCGAACCACAUUUCUCGAAACCGAUGCUUAUAAAAUAUCAAGUAUGGUGUAUAACGGUUCAAACGUUCUGGUAAUUGAAUCCAAGACUGAAGAUGGAUGUAGAGUUUUAUUAAGUCGUUCAGAUUUAAUAAAACUCCAGGAAAUAGAAUGGUGUAUUACUGCUAGUAUUAAUGAAAAAGAAGAAAAAAUAAAACCAACAAUUAUUAAGCAAAUUAGUGAUUAUUGCGAGUAUUUGAUGGAAAAAUGCUUGCAAUCGGAUUCACCGCCCAACAAUUUGAGGGAAAUGGAAAUUUUCGUUCGGAACGUUGAAGUCAGACAGAGUAAGAAGACACCUAACCUCGGUCAAAUUAAAAUGUUUGCGAGUAAACAAUUGGCCGAACUUUGUAUGGCUCAUCGAAAAGUACAAAACUCAGAAGUGGUAUAUGAUAAGAAUUUCAGAUCGCUGUCAUCUUUAUCACCCAGCUAUUCAACAGUAAUGGGUGAAAUGGGCAGAUUGACUAAAGAAUGCGAUGCUUGUGAUGAAAUUAAUCCGUUGGAGGAUAAUAGUUUAGUUGAGUUACAGUACGAGUAUUCACAGAUAUCGCCAAACUAUUCUCCAGGCAAUAAUAUAGCUAAAUCUAUCGGUGAACGCGAUGGAUCUAUCAACAGUCUACCGCCACAUACAUCCGAUGAAUAUGAGUUAGAUGCACAAUACCCUCCAUGGCAUCACAACCCAGAUCUAUACCUACGCCAACAAGCUUUAGUAGUUGAUGAGAAUGAUGGUCCAACGUCAUUCUCGAUUCAAUCACCACCAGCAUCGCCAUCUUUUUUUGACAAGCCCUCUGCAGAUAUAUCAAGUAAGCGGAACGCUCAACACCUCGCAUCAUUACACAGAGUAAAACGUAAGGUUAUUUAAUAAAUUGUAGAAAUUAAAAAUAUAUGUAAAAU